UCAUACAUCCUCUGCCGUUCGCAGCUGGUUCCGCUUGAGUUCCACGCUCUUUUCACUCAGAUCUACCACGACUUCUUUUUCUCCGAGUCGAGACCAUAGCCCAUCAUCUGUAAGGGCAAUGAGAAGCAGCUCCGUGCCUUGGUGGCGCUCAUACUGCGCAUGCUGCCAUCCACCAUGGUCUCUUCCGAGUGGACUUGGAAAGCGGCCAGGUGCGCGCGACGUCGUCACAGUACACAGUAGCGUCGGCCUAAACCAUGGCUCGGAUCUGACCGUGAGGGAUAUCCAUAACAAUUUCAGUUCCUUUGGCUUCUUCUCGUUCAUCUUCGUGGCGCUGCCCUCGCGAAAGCGUCCUCAGUGAGCUCGGCCUCCUCACUUACAACGCCCCACAACA